AUGGAUAUGGAUUUGCGUAACCGUGAACCUGUAACGAGAAGUCGAAAAUCAAAACUGGUUUUAAUACAAGCUAUCAGGAUAAUAUCAAGAUGUUAUCAAGAUGUUAUCAAGAUUACAAGUCCAAUUACCCCGAAAACAGUUAAACAGUUAAACAAAAAAAUUACAAUUCCGUAUUUACAAAAUCGUUAUAAAAAUAAUGAACCGAUAACAGUAUUAACAGCAUGCGAUUAUCCAAGCGGUUUAUUUGUUGAAAAAGCUGGCAUUGAGAUUUGUUUGGUUGGAGAUUCUUUAGGUAUGGUUGCUUUAGGUCAUGAAAAUAUUAAUCCUACUACUGUGGAGGAAAUGUUACAUCAUUGUAGAGCAGUUGCAAGAGGUGCCAAAUCCCCAUUUUUAAUUGGUGAUAUGCCAUUUGGUAGUUAUGAAAUAAGUCCAACUGAUGCAUUAAAAAAUGCUAUAAGAUUUUUAAAAGAAGGAAAUAUGGAG